UCCUCGUUCUCGCUCUCCCCGUUCCUCUUCCCUUCUCCACACGCGCUCUUCCCCUCUCCCCGCUCCUCCACGGUCUCACUCGUUGUUUCGGGGCGGCCGCGGCCCCUCGAUGAGCGCCGUCUGUUGAUCUGUCACCGCCCUCAGCCGUCCCUCCCCGCUCCGCUCCGUACCUGGGGCGAGGCAGGAGCGGCCGCCGGCAGCAUGUCCCGCAGGAAGCAGAGCAAACCCCGGCAGAUCAAACGGCCCCUCGAGGAUGCCAUUGAGGAUGAAGAAGAAGAGUGCCUGUCUGAGGAAAAUGAUACUGUCUCAAAAGAAGACUUUCCAUUGGAGGAAAGCUUUUCUACAGAGUUUGAGCCUGAAAAUCUGAGCUGUGAAGAAGUGGAAUACUUUUGUAAUAAAGGCAAUGAGGAAGGCAUCCAGGAGGCACCAGAAUCUGAUGGUGAUGCAAAGUCAGAGAAACCAGGGCAGCUUGCAGUGGAGACAGAAGAUUGGGAUGGGCCAGGGGAACUGGAGGUGGUCCAGAAGGAUGGGGAGCGCAAGGUCCAGAGCCGGCAGCAGCUCCCAGUGGGGACGACGUGGGGGCCCUUCACUGGGAAGAUGGAUCUCAACAACAACACCUUGAAGACAAAGGCUUCCGUCCCUAUGGUACUGACUGCUGGCCCCAAGUGGUUGCUGGAUGUGACUUGGCAAGGAGUAGAAGACAACAAAAACAACUGCAUUGUGUACAGCAAAGGUAAACACAAGCUGAUUUUUUGCUCUACUUUCUUGUGCUGGGUAUUGACAAAAGAUAUACCUAUUGCGUAACAGGACAAUGGAUAGUUUGACUUCCCUCAAACUGGAAUAGUUUUCCAUCUGUUUUUGCUACCACAUUCUUGUUAUGCUUUUUCUUCCGUUGAAUGAUAUAAAACCCCUUACAAUGUCUGUAGUGUACUAAAUGCUUUAUAAACACAGAAGAAUGUCAGCCAACAUGAAAUACUGUUUCUGAGAGUUGGUGCCUCUUGGUAAACCUCAGUGAAGUCUAUACAGCUGAAAUAGGUGAAUAUUUUCUAACAUUUUAUAGGACAUACCAGAAAGCAUUUCUCCAUGUUACAUUACAUUACAGACUCCUAACUGAAAUCUUCUUUUAUAAGAAGAAUUUGAACUUGAUUCGACUGUGAUAAGACUUCAUGUCAGCAUGGAAACAGAAGAUAACUGGGACUGGAUUACAGGGCUGUAACUUCUGACAUUCCAGUCUCUGCAUGAUGAUGCUACACUGUAAUGCAUUAGCUAAUGGGAAUGCAUAUCAUAUCUGCUUUAUGUGAGUUUUCAGAUUUGCUCAAGUCAGUAUGAGUUCUUAUGAGGCCCCCCAGACAUGCUUUAUCUAACCUACCACAUCUAAUAGCUACUUUGAUUCAAGAUGCUUUUGUUUUUAUCCAGAGAGCCUUGAGUUCUUGGGUUUGUCGUGCAGUGGACUAUAUACCAGGCUGUUUGGUCACUCACUGUGAAAGCUUUGUAAAAUUUGGUCAUAGUAUCAUUGCAGUGUAUUAAAAAUAGUUCUUGAAUACACAGAAUAAUUUAUUUAGUGUAGCUGUUUUUGGAAUUCUGUUGAAGAUCAUGUUGCAAAACUAUGACUUUCCUUCCUUGCAUUUCAAUCACCAGUCUCAGCACUUUGUGAAUGCUUCAGAACAUGUACUGUUCUCGUUUAAUUUCUUUUAGGUUUUAUUUCCAACCAAACAGACCUACUGAGAUCAAAGAUUUGUUUGCUGAGGCAACCUAGUGACCAUUUCAGCACAUAAGCAUCCAGGCAAAUAAGCACCCAUAUCAAUAUAUUAACAUACAAAACACUAAUCAUAACAUCAAAGACUCCUAAAAACUUACUAGAAACAAUUACAACUUGUUCCUAUAAUCAUUGCAAUUUAUACACUUAUAAGAGGAUUGCUUUUAAACUACCACAAGCCUUUGAAAGUUGAAAAGCUGAAAACAGGGAAUUUGCAUGUUAAAAAUGAGUUACACACCAGGGUCUUAUAAAUUCCUUCUAUUAUAAUUACAGAAUGCCAGCAUAUUCAUUCUGCAACCUGAAACACCUGCAGUACUAAAGAACUGGGCUCACAGCUAAAAAGGGUUGAGCUGCCCUUCCUUCACAGCUUUCUGAUUGCUGCCCAAGUGAAAAAAGUUGCAGUGUGCUGAAAUACAGGGAGGGUUUUCCCUAUAUAGAGAAAGGUUUUCUCCUGCAUACUGAACUGUAUGAAUAUGGUUCACAGGCAAAGUUUUUUUGCAACAACUUUUUAAUGUAAUGAGAAAUUACUUUCAGUCUAAAAUAUAACUUCUGCAAAUUCCCAUAGGAUGCUGUCUUAUCAAGUAUUAUAUUCUUUCUGUAAUUAUAAUAGUACUUAGCACAUAUAUACCAGUAAGACUUUUCAUCUUCAAAGUACCUUACAAACACUAACUAAUUCAUUAGACAGUUUCAGUGCUGUGUGAUUGAAUCUAUUGAUUUCUUUUUUUAAUAAUAAGAACUUACUUUCUGCGAUUCAGCACAGUUUAAGCAGACCAAAACAUUACUUUUCAUUCUAAUGUGCUGGAUUUUGCUUCACUGAUACUUGUUAUUUUAGUAUUUCAUUAAGAAUGUAGAGUAAUAGUCAUACAGUGCUCAUUUAUAACCCUAGGUUAUAAAUGCAUGUUAAAAACCUGGAAUUUGACUAAACUAUGUAGGAAAUAAGUUCGUACCUUCAAUGAGUUCUGUUCAUCUCUUUGCACUUGGCACUGGCUGUACUGUUGUUCAUUAAGCACCUACCCUUGCCUUGAGGCCUGCUUGGAUUUUCGUACUACAAAGAUUAAUUGGCUUGGAUCACAAAACAAUGUCAAAUAGAAGAUGGUAAAAUAAAUAAAUAUAAUAACGUUUCUUCCUUCAAUUUGUAUCUCAUCAUUCCAGAUCACAUUGCCUUGAUUUGUGUUCGCAUUCUGUCUCCCACAGUGCCAUUACUUCUAAUGAAAUGGUGUCAGCUGGCAUGAAGUUGUAAUUUGAUGUUAUUUUGUAGUUGCAUGUGUAUAAUUUUGUUAGCUUGUUUAGCAAUACAUUGUUAUUUUGGAAAGCAAUUAGCUGAACAAAUGUGUGGAAUUGUACAUGUAGUGGAUUUGGUCACCUGGGAGCUCUUUUCCUCACUAUAUCCAAGAUAAGAUGAGUGGAAUAAAUUGGCACGCUUCUAAAAGGGAAGUAAGUUCUAGAAUUUGCUAUCAGAACAUGUUACUAGUCAAUGAGUUGACUUGGAAGUGCAUACCAUAUUUCCUUUGAGCUGUAAUAAUACAGUGAAAUCUUGGGAACAUAAUUUUUCCCAGACCUUUUAGAAGAGCACAGGACCAUCAGGCUGACUUCCAGUUCACUAGAGGCUAAAGACAUCUUAGUCAGCCACACACUGCAUAUAGAAUGAUCACAGGCACAUUUUCAAUCCCAGAAGAGGUAUAGUAUAGCUUCUAUGCCAUGUAGUUCCUAUUGAAAAUGAAUCUCAUCAGGGUACAUAGCUCCCUUUUUGCCUUCAAAACUCUCCAUAAUACUUUCACUAGAUAAGCAAACACGUGUGCGUGUGCGUGUGUGUGUGUG